AUGAGUCAAGAUCUCGUAUCACCGUGUCCUGAUUGGUUCAAAUAUGAAGCUAGGAAACCCGAUGAGCCAGAUCGGAUUUAUGGUGAACUUACCCUUACAUCAGAGUCUGAACUUGGUGGGAUAUGGCUUCGAGUAAUAUUUGAUAAGCCUAGUUUUCAGCUAGGGACCAUCGUAUUUCCAACCAAACUAGCAGAACAUCCUAGAAGUGAAGUAGAUCCCACUGAAUUUAACGCAGUUUGGAAGUUUAUAAAAACCACGCUGCAAAAGACCACAGAUGAUUUGUUGAGUGAAGUACCCAAAAGGCAGGAAAACAAUGGGUUUGUUAAAGAAUCCAGACGAGUAAUCAAAGAGAAAAAUAACGCGUAUCUGAAAUGA